AUGGAUAGCAUCCUCGACCUCCUCGCACUGGUCCAGGAGCAACAGCUUGCGGCUAUGCCUCACGAAAGCCUAGGCUUCCGUCGUCUCAUCAAGGACUGCACGAGCUGGCCCUCCUGGACGCGCUUCAGCUCCGUCGUCCAGCACCAAAACCUCGGCCGCAACGGCGCCCAAGAGUUCCAGCUUGGCAGCGACCUCAAGUGCGAGAUGGGUGUUCUAGGCCCCGCCUACGACUCCUCUGACCUCUGGGUUCAGACCACCCCGCUCGAGGACUGCUUCAAGGUAGAGAUUGGCUCGUGCAGCUCGGUCGUCUCUCCCGACAUUGCCGAGACCUUGCUCGACCGCCUCUGCGCCGUCCUCAACGUCUUCGGUCAGGCGGAUUCCGCUAGCAACCGCCACCUGUGGGAGCUCCUCGCUCGCGACCACGAGCCACUCAUCCCGAUCAAGUCCUCCCUUGUCGAGCAAGUGUGGAGCGACGUUCUUCCGCAUAUCGAGGAAUCUGUUCCCUGGGACGCUCCCUACUUCGAGCUCUGGGGUGACGAGAUCGCCCCCGUUCGUUUUCUUCAAGAAUAUGCUUACCAUGGAAUUAUUCUUGAUAUGGAGGACAUCCUUGAGAACCCCACAAAGCAGGCGCAGAUGCUUCUGACUGCUCGUGUCCUAGCCGAUCGAAAGGCCGCUUCAAGGGAAACAACCUCUACGCCACGCAGUCAGAGCUUUUGGGCACUAGACUCCAACGCCGCACCAGCUUCGACAUCCGGAGCCAGUCGCAGAGGGUCCGUCAUCAAUUCACCUCGUGUUGGGUCUCCUGGUGUUGGCGCCCCUCUCAAACGACACAAGCCGUUCAACCCGCCCGCCAGGGCGAGCACGGCGCACUUUGCAGGCUCGGGUGGCCGCACUCAGCGCGAUUGGGAUCUCCCUUCCCCCUUCUCUCCGAAUAUAAACCAUCUACCGCCAGCAUGA